UGACGAGACCAGACAAAAUACGAUUCUCUUACCCUACCGCUUCACUCGUCGCUUUGAAAGGAUGGUGAGGGAAGGAAAAAAGGAAGGAGGGGAGAAGGGAGAAGGAGCUGAAGGACGGCCGGCCUUUGCUUUAGUUUGAAAGCGUUGUCACACUGAAGAACAUGAGAGUAUCAAUCUCUCUGAUUUGGACUUGCCUCCUACUCAGCAAUACUUUUGGAGCUCCACUGGACGACGAAAGCUGGCCUUUUUAUGACUUGGAACUUAUACGACCAUGGCACAAACGCGGCAGUUCCCCCCUGGCCAAUUCCAAGGGUGAUCUGGAAGUCGAAGAUUUCCUCCUUCUUCCACCCAUUCAAGGUCCAGAUGCCAUUGCAGCCCAAGGCCUGGAUCCAGACUCGGAGCAAAACGCCAUCCAAGCCUUUUUCAAGACCAAACGUGUCAAAUCUCUAGGAUUCAAAUGCUCCUCAGGGAAAGUGUGGAACCGGCAGCUUCGUGGAUGCGUGCCCUCUAAACCAAAUGGCCAAGAUGACAACCAUUUGGCCUUUAUUGCCUCACGAUUCGCAUUUUAACCAACUCGUUAUUGUUAGACGAAUAUUCCUCGUAGUUUCACAAGAUCGACGACCUUCGAAUCUUUGAUGGAUUCAUCCCUGAUAAUGGUUGACCUUCUGUAGUGUAUACUAAAGUAACCGACGAAUCGUUAUUUUCAUCAGUAUUCUGCCAAUAAAUUCUCAAAAGUUUUACGUUUUAAGACGUGACUCGA